AUGAGCAGGGGACAUGUCUCUCGGCCGCGAAGCGGGAGACUGCGGUACGAGAGAGAGGGCAUGCGGCGAGAGGCGCAGCGCAGCGUCUCUAAAGGCCGCUUCAACUCAGUCUGGCAGGCGCGGCUCGUGCGUUCUAUUCAACUGCACGUAUAUCCUGUAACAGAAAACGGCAGUUCCUGUUAUUACAGCUAUUACCAAGACUCCGACUGUUACCGAUGCGACUUAUAUUCCUACUACUAUGUUACAACUAGUACGAGAAAAGUUUCCACUACUAGCACUACGUCUAGAGCGUCUACUACUGCUACUGCUACUGCUACUGCUACUGCUACUGCUACUGCUACUGCUACUGCUACUGCUACUGCUACUGCUACUGCUACUGCUAACUGCUACUGCUACUGCUACUGCUACUGCUACUGCUACUGCUACUGCUACUGCUACUGCUACUACUGCUACUGCUACUGCUACUGCUACUGCUACUGCUACUGCUACUGCUACUGCUACUGCUACUGCUACUGCUACUGCUACUGCUACUGCUACUGCUACUGCUACUGCUACUGCUACUGCUACUGCUACUGCUACUGCUACUGCUACUGCUACUGCUACUGCUACUGCUACUGCUACUGCUACUGCUACUGCUACUGCUACUGCUACUGCUACUGCUACUGCUACUGCUACUGCUACUGCUACUGCUACUGCUACUGCUACUGCUACUGCUACUGCUACUGCUACUGCUACUGCUACUGCUACUGCUACUGCUACUGCUACUGCUACUGCUACUGCUACUGCUACUGCUACUGCUACUGCUACUGCUACUGCUACUGCUACUGCUACUGCUACUGCUACUGCUACUGCUACUGCUACUGCUACUGCUACUGCUACUGCUACUGCUACUGCUACUGCUACUGCUACUGCUACUGCUACUGCUACUGCUACUGCUACUGCUACUGCUACUGCUACUGCUACUGCUACUGCUACUGCUACUGCUACUGCUACUGCUACUGCUACUGCUACUGCUACUGCUACUGCUACUGCUACUGCUACUGCUACUGCUACUGCUACUGCUACUGCUACUGCUACUGCUACUGCUACUGCUACUGCUACUGCUACUGCUACUGCUACUGCUACUGCUACUACUACUACUACUCUACUACUACUACUACUACUACUACUACUACUACUACUACUACUACUACUACUACUACUACUACUACUACUACUACUACUACUACUACUACUACUACUACUACUACUACUACUACUACUACUACUACUACUACUACUACUACUACUACUACUACUACUACUACUACUACUACUACUACUACUACUACUACUACUACUACUACUACUAACUACUACUACUACUACUACUUACUACUACUACUACUACUACUACUACUACUACUACUACUACUACUACUACUACUACUACUACUACUACUACUACUACUACUACUACUACUACUACUACUACGACCGACAGCGCGAGAUCAGUGGAUGCGAAAGCCAACAGCCUCGGAAGGAGAGAAGGCGUGUCUGGGGGAAAGGAAGACAUCUUUUGCGUCUCCGUUCGCAGAGGGGAGUUCGAUGUCUGCCUUUUUUCCGCCGCAGAGUGUCUCGCCGAGACUAGGGUGA